CCUCGUAUCAAGUAUAUUACCUCAAACGUUUAUGGCAAAAAAGGAGAUUCAAUGACACUAAGAUGUAAUGCCUCUGGACACCCAGCACCUCGUGUURCAUGGAUACACAAGGAUACCAAGAGAACAAUUGCAAAUUCCAGUGUGACGUCAUUCAACAUUACUGGUAAAGAAUCAGGUGGAAAGUAUUGCUGUCACGUGUCAAACGGUUUUGGAAAUGAGACAAAUUGCACGUCCCUUGAAAUGACAGAUAAACCAGUAAUUGAUAACCGCUUGUCAUCUGGGAAUAACGUAUCUUCUAUCUUGGGUGACACAACUCAUUUACGCUGUGCUGCAAGGGGUGUCCCUCGGCCUAACAUCAAGUGGUAUACAGCUGAUGGUAAAAUAUUUUCAACUGGUAAAGCGUCGUAUCCAGGUGGAAGCGAGCUCAUACUGACAAUCACGCGUAAGCAAGAUUAUGGGAUGUAUAGAUGUCGCGCUGAGAAUACUAUUGGAGUUGCUUGGCACAAUAUUACGGUGAUACAAAUAUGUCAAUGCAGUGGAAAUUAUCAGAAAUACAAGAGAUCCUUGGGCAGAAGCAGUAGCAUCAUAAAGGAACCGGUUAAAUUAAUUAUCUGGCUGACCGUAACACUUGUUUCAGGAAUUGUAAACAUUAUUCUCAUUAUCUUUUUUAAACCUAGAAAACCAAAAGUGCAAAGCAAACUGUGACGCCAUCCUCGAAAAAAAGAGCAUCUGAAUAUGAAACAAUAUGGAUCUGCUGUUUGCUCAUACCUCUUCGCACGACAGUACAAGGUCAAAUAUGUCAUACGGCAAAUCGUGGGUGGUUAAAGAAAAUUUGGGUUUGAAGCGGCAGUCAUUAGUAAGAAUUAAGCAUUAUCAAGAACAUAGUUGUGCCCAAUUACGUUGACCCCCACUUUUGAGCUUUUGAAACCAGAAAAUUUCGAAACAACUUUUAUAUAUUUUUUACAAACACUGCACCAGGCAAGAAAAACUAACAACAUCUCUAAUAGUUAAACUAAUUUCGCAUAGCGAAUUACAAAAAAAUUCAGAAGAAUCCAGAACUCAUAUGGCUAACCUUAAAUAAAACAAUUACGAAUUUUAAAAACACACACACACAAAA